UCCGUUAUUUUUUCUAUAGCCGGGAAUCUGAGAUUCGUGUCGCGGAUACGGGGACCGAUUUGGUGGCCACGGUUCAUUCUUUUAGAUCCCAGGGGCGAGAGGCUAGCAUUUAUAAAAGGAACAGAGCAUCCACCUCGUAUACUAACAAAUACACACACGAUGGUCAAGGACAAUUUUCUCAGCGGCCGGAUAGUGCUGAUGAGUGCAUUUGGCCUGAUCCUGUUCCUGCUUCCGCACAGUAUCGCCCUAAAAGAAGGCGAUUGUGAAGUUUGUGUCAAAACGGUCGACGUGUUCGUGAAUACUCUGUCGGAGGAGGUGAAAAAGGACACCAAAAGGAUAGAGGAAGAGUUCCGAUCAUUCUGUAAAAAGUCCAAAAAUAAGGAACAACGCUUUUGCUAUUAUCUAGGUGGCGUUGAGGAUUCGGCCACCGGUAUCUUAGGCGAGCUAUCAAAACCCAUCAGUUGGUCCAUGCCGGCAGAGAAAAUCUGCGAAAAGCUCAAGAAAAAGGACGCUCAAAUUUGCGAUCUGCGUUAUGACAAACAGAUCGAUGUAAACGCCGUGGAUCUGAAGAAGCUGAAGGUUCGCGAUCUCAAGAAGAUUCUCUCCGACUGGGAUGAGGAGUGCGACGGGUGCCUGGAAAAGACUGACUUCAUCAAGCGCAUCGAAGAGCUGAAGCAUAAGUACGUUAAGACGGAACUGUAACGCCGUCUGCGGAUGCUGGAUCUCGCCGUGCUUACACUCGCCAUCGUCAUUGCCUUCUCAGUUUGCUACCGUCUCGUUUUUCGGCAUCAUCUGGUGUAGUACUCGCCGGGGGUGGUUAUUUAUUGUGCAUUCUGUUCCUUCUCCUCAAUACGAGAGUAUCGUGGUGCUGUUUCUCUGGUUCUGGUCCGUGUCAAGAACACGUCAGAUGGCGGAGAAGCUUCCAAAACACUGGGCAUUAGAAGGGCAAAUUAAAGAGCCAAAGCGACGAAGAUACUGACGGUGUACCAUACGUGAGCGAGAGUUAACGCCACGAACAAUCGCAGAACGACGCGGCCGGUGUAGAGUAAACGCAGAUAACGAAUGAUGUUCGUAUGGAAUAAUAAACCCCGUUAU